AGAAAUUCACUCACUGGACUUCCAGUAGAGGAAUGCAAGCAGCCGCUGUCCGUUGUAGGUUACGGUUCUUACUGAAGUAACGCUUUUUUUCACGGUUCUACUGGCUUUUACGGGAAGAAAAUAACAUUCGAAGACAUUUCAACAGGCGACCAGAACCGAUGGGGACGUUAUGUCGUUGGAGUUACGCGGGUGGAUUUGGUUGUUUUAGUUGAGAAGAAGGAAAGUGUUGCGCUCGGAGCAACAGCGGUGGGAUUAAACAUGCUGACACCGAUUUUAGUAUACUUGUUAUCGGUCCUCCUGCUGUGUCGGAUAACGUUCUCUCAAUACUCCAGCGAUCAGUGUAGUUGGAAGGGCAGUGGUCUGACCCAUGAGGGCCACAGCCGUGAUGUGGAGCAGGUCUACCUACGUUGUUCCCAGGGUUCCCUCCACUGGCUCUACCCUACAGGGGCCGUCAUCGUCAACCUGCGGCCCAACACCCUGUCCCCGGCAGCCGCCCGUCUCUCCGUCUGCAUCAAGCCCUCUAGGGACUCCCACGGGGCCAACAUCUACCUGGACCGGGCCGGGAAGCUGCGCCUGCUGCUGAGGGAGCAGGACCAGGCCCAGGGGAAGGUGACCUGCUUCAGCAUCCAGGACGGGUCUCUGUUCAUAGAGGCCAUACCUCACAGAGACAUCAGUAAGAGAAUCACCUCGUUCCAGUAUGAGCUGGUUACAGAGAGGACCGGGGCUGGAGCUGGAGCCUUGGCUGGGGUGGAGCCACAAGCACUGUCUGGUGAGAUACACUCCUAUUGUUGUUGUUGCUUUGGUCAUUAAAGGGGAAGUUCAGUA